AUGUCGGAGGGAGACGAGAUUGAAAGAUGUUUGGGAAGUCUCAUAUCCCCGCUGCGGGUACUACUUCAUAUUGAAGAGCCAUCUGGGGUAUGUGGUGCUAUAAUCAAAGAAAUUAAAUUAUUUAACAAAAAGCGACUACUCACUGGUUACGUCGACUCCAUCGCAGCUCGUAUUGAUAUACCUUCGACGGAGAUCUGGCGCUGUUUCAAUUCUCUCAUGCAGCUGCAUAAUUAUGUGCGUAAUAACAAGCUUGCUGAAUCUAGUCUGAAGGAUACUUUGUCACGGAAUUCCUUUGAUGAUGAGUUUAUCAAAGCAGUCAUCGACUUUAUGGAUACUGAGCAGUCUUGUAAACCUACCAUAGUGAAUGCUAUAUCUAAAUAUCCGCCAUUUCGAUCUCUUCAUUGCCGUUUACAGAUUACGGUAAGUCGUAAUAUUAUUGCGCUGCCAUUUAAUUAUUGA